UGGAGCAGCCGGAGCUGGAGGAGGAGGAGGAGGAGCGGCGGCGGGAAGGAGGAGGCGGGGGAGCGGCGCUCCCGCCGGGCCAGAAUGGGGCGCCUGGCGCCCAGGCCGCUGCUGCUGGCUCUCCUGGGGCUGGCUCUGUGUCGAGGACGCGUGGUGAGAGUUCCAGCGGGGACCCUGGUCCGGGUGGUGGGCACCGAGCUGGCCAUACCCUGCAACGUCAGCGACUAUGACGGCCCCAGUGAGCAAAACUUUGAUUGGAGCUUCUCAUCUUUGGGGAGCAGCUUUGUGGAGCUCGCAAGUACCUGGGAGGUGGGGUUCCCAGCACAGCUGUACCGGGAGCGGCUGCACAGGGGCGACAUCCUGCUAAGGCGAACCGCCAAUGACGCCGUGGAGCUCCUCAUAAAGAACGUCCAGCCCUCGGACCAAGGCUACUACAAAUGUUCAACCCCCAGCACGGAUGCCACUGUCCAGGGCAACUAUGAGGAUACAGUGCAGGUUAAAGUGCUGGCCGACGCCCUGCACGUGGGCCCCAGCGCGCAGCCCCCGCCCAGCCUGAGCCUGCGAGAGGGGGAGCCCUUCGAGCUGCGCUGCCACGCGGCCUCCGCGUCACUGUCGCACACGCACCUGGCGCUGCAGUGGGAGCUGCACCGUGGCCCGGCGCAUCGCAGUGUCCUCACCCUGACGCACGAGGGCAGGUUCCACCCGGGCCCCGGGUAUGAGCAGCGCUACCACAGCGGGGACGUUCGCCUCGACACCGUGGGAAGCGACGCCUACCGCCUCUCCGUGUCCCGGGCCCUGUCCGCCGACCAGGGCUCCUACCGGUGCAUCGUCAGCGAAUGGAUUGCAGAGCAGGGCAGCUGGCAGGAAAUCCAAGAAAAGGCCGUGGAAGUCGCCACCCUGGUGAUCCAGCCAACAGUUCUGCGAGCAGCUGUGCCCAGGAAUGUCUCUGUGGUGGAAGGAAAGGAACUGGACCUGACUUGCAACAUCACAACAGACCGGACAGAUGACAUCCGCCCCGAGGUGACCUGGUACUUCAGCAGGAUGCCUGAUAGCACAUUGCCCGGCUCCCACGUGUUGGCACGGCUGGACCGUGACUCCCUGGUGCACAGCUCGCCUCACGUUGCUCUGAGUCACAUGGAUGCACGCUCCUACCAUUUACUGGUUCGAGAUGUUAGCAAAGAAAACUCCGGCUUCUAUUUCUGCCACGUGUCACUCUGGGCACCCGGAUACAACAGGAGCUGGCACAAAGUAGCAGAGGCCAUGUCUGCCCCAGCCAGUGUGGGCGUGACCUGGCUAGAACCAGACUACCAGGUGUACCUGGACGCUUCCAAGGUCCCUGGGUCUGCAGAUGACCCCACGGAGCUGGAAUGCCGGGUGGUGGACGCCAAGGGUGCGGAGGCAGGUGUCCGCUUCACUGUUUCCUGGUACUACAGGAUGAACCGGCGCAGUGACGACGUGGUGACCAGCGAGCUUCUUGCAGUCAUGGAUGGGGACUGGAUGCUGAAAUACGGGGAGAGGAGCAAGCAGCGGGCCCAGGAUGGAGAGUUUCUUUUUUCGAAGGAGCACAGAGACACAUUCAAUUUCCGGAUCCAAAGGACUACAGAGGAAGACAGAGGCAGUUACUACUGUGUGGUGUCUGCCUGGACCAAACAGCGCAACAGCAGCUGGGCAAAGAGCAAGGACGUCUUCUCCAAGCCUGUCAACAUAUUUUGGGCAUCAGAAGAUUCCGUGCUCGUGGUGAAAGCGAGGCAGCCAAAGCCCUUCUUUGCUGCAGGAAAUACAUUUGAGAUGACUUGCAAAGUGUCUUCCAAGAAUAUUAAAUCACCACGCUACUCUGUUCUCAUCACGGCCGAGAAGCCUGUUGGGGACCUCUCCAGUCCCAAUGAAACCAAGUACAUCAUCUCCCUGGACCAGGAUUCUGUGGUGAAACUGGAGAAUUGGACAGACGCGUCACGGGUGGAUGGUGUCGUGUUAGAAAAAGUGCAGGAGGAUGAAUUUCGCUACCGAAUGUACCAGACUCAGGUGUCAGAUGCGGGGCUGUACCGCUGCAUGGUGACGGCGUGGUCGCCUGUCAGGGGCAGCCUUUGGCGAGAAGCGGCAACCAGCCUCUCCAAUCCCAUCGAGAUAGACUUCCCAACCUCAGGUCCUCUAUUCAAUGCCUCUGUGCACUCAGACACACCGUCAGUCAUCCGGGGAGAUCUGAUCAAGUUGUUCUGCAUCAUCACUGUUGAAGGAGCAGCUCUGGAUCCAGACGACAUGGCCUUCGAUGUGUCCUGGUUUGCUGUGCAUUCCUUCGGCCUGGACAAGGCUCCUGUCCUCCUGUCUUCGCUGGAUCGGAAGGGGAUCGUGACCACGGCCCAGAGGGACUGGAAGAGCAGCCUCAGCCUGGAGCGUGUGAGUGCAUUGGAGUUCCUGCUGCAAGUGCAUGGCUCCGAGGACCAGGACUUUGGCAACUACUACUGUUCUGUGACUCCCUGGGUGAAGUCACCAACAGGUUCCUGGCAGAAGGAGGCAGAGAUCCACUCCAAGCCCAUCUUUAUAACUGUGAAGAUGGAUGUGCUGGACGCCUUCAAGUACCCCCUCUUGAUCGGCGUUGGUCUGUCCACUGUCAUUGGGCUGUUGUCCUGCCUCAUUGGGUACUGCAGCUCCCACUGGUGCUGUAAGAAGGAGGUUCAGGAGACCAGGCGUGAGCGCCGCCGGCUCAUGUCAAUGGAGAUGGACUAGGCUGGCCCAGGAAGGGAGUGACAGAGUGACCGAGGAACGUUCCAGCAACAAUUGGGGCGAGAAGAGGACAGUGAUCUUUUAAAGCAAAGUGUGUUACACUAAAAACCAGUCCUCUCUAAUCUCAGGUGGGACUUGGCGCGCUCCCCUUUCUGCAUGUCAAGUUCUGAGCGCGGACACAUUUACCAGCACACAGCUCUUCUUCCCACGGCACUUUCUGUAACAAUCGAGUGUGUGUUUUCCCAACUGCAGCUUUUUAAUGGUUAACCUUUGUCUAAUUUUUUUCUCCUGCCAGUUUAUAGAUUCUCUGACGUGUGUGUGUUUAUAGCUUUGUUUCGAGGAGUUGUGGUGAGGAAGGGGGUGAUGGCGUUCGGGGUUCUGUGUCUUGGGUGAGGAUGGGCCUGACCGGUGAGAGCCGGCUUCCAGGGCAGAGGCGUGUGUAAGAGACUGCUGCUAACAGCCACCCUCCACCCCCGCCGGGAGACAACACGGGCCUAUGCCAAGGCUGAUUUGUGGCUUUUACUUUUCUACCCCACCCCUAUUUUCAGGGGUUUAGACUACAUUUGAAAUCUAAACUUAGAGCAUAUAACUUCUAUUGAGCCCAAAUGCUUUUUUUCUUUCCUUUUUUUUUUGGCUCCUCUGCCUUUUUUCCAUUUCUUUUGUAUUUGUUUUAUGUGACAGUGCUGAAGUGGCAGCCCUGGAAUCUAGAAUUUGGCUCUCCACCGAGCACCUUAUCUUGCCACCUUAGCCUUAAGAAUGAAGAUAAAGAAAAAUAAAACAACCACCUCUGUCUAGGGCAGCAAGAAGAUCUGCAAGGAAGAGGAGGUUGGGGACAAGGAAAGGAACAGACACUCACUCCAAUAGUUCUGAGGCCACUGUGCCUCAGGGACCCCAGGGACAGCCGAGGAAAGACUCUGGGAAGUUAGGUUUGUGCAGCUUCAGCCAGGAGGGUCCAUUGUGUCAGCUGCGAAUUAGGGGGCAGAGGCCACCACCAUUCCCCUUUCCUGCCCUUGGCGGGAGACAGAGGCAUUGGCCACCAAGGGGCUUGCUGGUGGCCACAGAAAGGCCACGUCCUUCACGUGCUGCUUGGGCUCCUUACCGUGAAGGCAGAUGGCUACUUGCAAGACUGACUUCAAGGAAUCAAAUUGCCUGGAAGAACCGUGUAUUUUCCAUGACCUUUUCAGUCCUUCAGGCCUUUUUAAGAUCCACUGCAGGGGGCGCGUGCGAGAGUAUCCUCUGUGCUAUGUUUGCCUUCCUAUUAGGACAUGAAGGAAACCCAGCAAUUUACUGUCACGUGAACAGCCUGUAGAGUAAAGCUAAGCGCGGUCUGCUUCCCGAGACUGCUCCCAUCAAGAAUGGGACGGUGGGCCGAAAGGGAUCGACCAUGUCCGUAGCUUCUGCUGCUGUAUUAAAAGUGCUCCCCUCAGAGCCCCUCACCCCAUGUGGCACUGGCCUUUCUGAAGCAUCCCAGUGGGUUUUUCUGAGGCUCACUGGCGACUUGGACCCUAAUUGCAAUCUUCUGUGCUUUUAUCCUGGCUGUGAAGGAUCUAACGCUGCUCUGUCCUCCAAAGGGGAAAAAAGAUGCAUUUGUUUUGAGCAAUAAAGUAAUAUAAAAUGAUGGCCAUUCAUGUGCAGCUCUUCGUCACCUUGGGCAGGGUGAGCCAUGCUCCUCCCAGCCCAGCCGCCAGCUCCCCUGUCCCUGCUGCUCACAAGGGUUCUGCCCUUAUCACUGAGUCGCCUCUGGAGGCAGAUUCCCACUGAGUUUUUCCUCCCCAGGGGACCACUCAUGUGAUAGGAACUGUAGAUUCUGCCCCAUUGGGAGCAGCACAGCUGGUGGCCAGGCCCAGAGCCCAGGGCAGGGAGAUUGGCAGCAGGCGUGCCCCGCCGGAACCCGAGUGACCAGCAGACGAUGAGGCCUUGACAACACCAGAUUGAGUAUUUUCUACAUGUCAUUUCAUAACUGCUAUUUCAGAGGAGGUGGGUCACAGGUGAUUGUGUAAAUGGGACUUAAAGACAGAACAAAUAUAACAGGUGCUGUAUUAGUAACAGUCAGUGCCCCCCCCCCCCCCGAGCCCUCACAGUCAUUAAAAGAAGAUUUGGGGUUGUCGUAGCAUAGGCCCUUCUUAGGAGGAGGAACAGGUACUUAGCUCUGGGUGUGACCAGGUGGCCCCAGGUGUACAUAACAGCAGGGGCUAGGUCACAGCAGACACUCAGCGGUGUUGGGUCACAUGUGCUCACGCAUACCUCUCCUUUCCAAACUGCUGCUGCAGUUCAGGGCUGGAGUGUUCAGGCACCGACCUCCACCCACGUGCCCUGUGUCGAGUGAGCCAGCCAGACUGCAAGUCACCUGGAGGCCGGGAGGAAGGAGGAGAAACCCCAGGGCAUUGUACCAAGGACCUAAUUCCUUCCAGGGUCAUAAAUUUGCCUGGAAUGUUUUUAAAGUGUGAGAUGCACUCUUUUGUUGUACCAAAUAGGGCUCCCCACAAAGUGCUCUUCUGGAAGAGAUUCCCACCAGCAGCCCUGGUGUGAACGAAAGAAGUACCCAUGGAUGAAAUUGCACUUCCUAACAAAAAGAAACUUUAUAAAAGUUCGGGGUUUGUUUUUUUUCUGAUCCUAAAAGUAGCCCCAGAAAGAGCCUAAGCUUUGUUCAGAUAGAAGCCUCGAAAUUAUUCUGAAUCAUUUACUUCAUGAUGUUUACAUACACAUUUCACUUUAAAUAAAAGAAAAAUGGAAACUGACUUUUUAACAACUUUUCAGAUUUUUCAUGUGACAGUAGAACGCUAACUCACCGACUGGGUUAAACCUUAAUUUAGAAAUGUAUUUAUUUGUGUAGCCCCUGCACCUAACUCCCCGGGGCUCCCGAGAGCCUGGUAACGGAGGCCCCUCUUGCCCAGACUUUUGUCUGUUUCCCUGGUGGCUCUUGCUUCUAGCUUUGCAGAUGGCCCACAGCCAUGAUUUUGUCACUGACAUCAGUGAGCCAAAGACUGAGCCUUUUCGGCGGGAAUAAUAAGCAAUACUCUACAACUUGCUACUUUCAAAAAAACUUUUUCUUUUUUUAGCUUCACUGAUGACAACAGAGGAAAAAGGGAACUGGGAUCGGGGUAAGUUCUCCUCCGCUGUUUGACCAAAUUCUCAGUGAUAAAUAUGUGUGCAGAUCACUAGAGGAAAAACGUUGACUUUCUUUUUUUAGUGUGGCACAUAGGGAUCUGCAAAAUUUUCCGUAGAUAAAGGAAGGGUCUUGUGUAUUUUUGUCCAUAUCCAAUGUUAUAUGAACUAAAUUGUAUUGUUUUUAUACUGUGACCACAAAUAUUAUGCAAUGCACCAUUUGUUUUUUAUUUCAUUAAAGGAAGUUUAAUUUAAA